GAACACACGCAGGUAGACCAGAACGCGCUCGGGGUGACUCGUGGGAACAUGCAACGCUACACAAACAAGACAAAUCGGCAACAUCGGUGCGAUAACCCGACUGGAUCGAUCACAUGGUGAAUUAUUCGGGCCGAGUUUAGGAGUCCGGGAAGAGCUGUGAGUCUUGGGGGAAGCCCUCCGUCCACGUCGCCGGAGGAUUCGACUCCGACAUGGAUCGAUCGUCUCGGGGCGUGUUUGAUUACGAAAUCUAGCUGUCAACGACCGGACACCUGAGUUAUUUUGAUUAACGGCAGGUCGGCCAGGUGAUGCUGAUGGACAAAGACACUCAGUGGCUGUAUCAUCUCCUGGCCGAGGUCCAGCUGGAGAAGUUCUACCUGCGCGUCAGAGAUGGCCUCAACAUCACCCGCACUGAGCACUUCAACUACGUCAAGGAGUCCGACCUGGAGCAAAUAGGGAUCAGCAAACCCGCACAAAGAAGAUUAUGGGAUGCUCUGAAACGCUACAAGACAAAUGCCCGAGCACGGUCAUGGGCGCCCAAGGCAGCCAGUGGUCGAGAUCGGGACGGAGGGGAGCAGUGGAGCGGAGGCGGCCCGGCUCAGGGUCAGGAGGCGGGUAGCCGUGCUCUUCCAUGCCUUAUCCAGGACAGCGAGCUGAUUCUGGGGGAGAAGCUGGGCUCCGGGUCCUUUGGGGUGGUGAAGAGGGGAGAGUGGCACACGCCUACCGGCAAAGUGUUGCCUGUAGCAGUGAAGUCCCUGAGGAGCAGCAUGUCCAAGCAGCCGGACACACUGACGGACUUCCUCCAAGAGGUGACCACCAUGCAGUCCCUGGACCACCCCAACAUCAUCCGAUUGUAUGGCGUGGUACUCACACAGCCCCUCAAGAUGAUAACAGAGCUGGCCCCAUCGGGCUCGCUAUACGACAUCCUGCGCUCGCGUCAGUACGAGUACCCCCUGAUGCGCCUCUGGCUCUUUGCGUCCCAGAUCGCGGCGGGGAUGGACUACCUGGAGACCAGGAGAUUCAUUCACAGAGACUUGGCUGCGAGAAACGUCCUGCUGGCAUCCAGGGAGAUGGUAAAGAUCGGUGACUUUGGCCUGAUGAGAGGCCUGAGCCUAGAGACGGAUCACUAUGUGAUGACCGCACACAGGAGAAUCCCGUUUGCAUGGUGUGCUCCAGAGAGUCUUCGUGUCGGCACCUUUUCACAUUCCUCAGACGUGUGGAUGUUUGGCAUCACCAUGUGGGAGAUGUUCACCUACUGUGAAGAUCCCUGGUUCGGCCUGUCAGGCAGACAGAUUUUGUGGCGUGUGGAGAGGGAGGGGGAGCGCCUGGAGAAACCGCCAGAUUGCCCAAAAGAACUGUACGCCGUCAUGAGGAGGUGCUGGGCCUGCAACCCUGUGGACAGACCCAGCUUCAUCCAGCUCACCGCAAUGGUGGCAGAGGCGAGACCGAUGGAGGUGAAAGCGUCAAGAGACUUUGCAGAAUCCAGAAAACUCGCUCUUGUGGCCAACGACCUUGUGACCGUCAUAGAACACGGUCUGGAGCUGAGUGAGUGGAGAGGCCAGAACCAGAAGACGCUGGCAGUCGGCUGGUUUCCCGCGAGCCUCACUGUGCCGUCACACGCUUCUGUCGCCACCGUCGCCACGGCAGGCAACGCCGGGCCCAACUCGGCUUUUUCCAUCGCUUACAUCUCAACCCCGGUGAAUGGCAGCCUGCAGCACAAGGGGCACGGAGACACCAAACCUGAGCGCAGCUGGGGAGCGCCCGAUAACCUGGACGACAAUGGCAGCUGGAAGACGGGCCCCGCCAGGGAGAGGGAGGGCUCCAAUCUGCAGCAAAUGGCAGGUAUGUCGCAGAGCCUUGAGUCCGUUCUGAAUGGGCAGCGGCCGAGGGCUCACACAGUCGGGGGCGCUGCGACUCGCAGUGUGGUGGUCUCGGACCCACGGCGGUUCAGCGAGGCCAGUGUCAUGCCGCCUCCCCGGCCACCGCCACCCAACCUGAAACGCUAUAACAUGAAACCCCCGAGGAGGCCCACGAUCCACCCGGUCCAGGUCAACUCCUGGCCUACACCUUUGCUCCUGUCCCCUCCAGCGCAGACGCCGGCACAACCUCCGUCACGUUACCCACCUCAGCAGGGCCUCGGAGGCUCCAACCUGACUAAAAUGGCCCACUUGGCACGCUCGACCCCGCAGCUGGACGAGUACACCGACAACCGAGAGAGGGAGCGAUCCAGAGAUCGAGAUAAGGUCCACGUUGCAGAACACACGAGAGAGUCUCACCCGCCGUUGCUCUGCUCCUCUCAGAUCAUGGAGGCGGUUCACGGAGUGACCAUUGAAGAGGUGCACACUGCACUGCAACGUAAUGACUGGAACCCGGUGCGAGCCGAACAACAACUCAAGUUGGAGCAGCUGUACUUGCUGAGCCUCUGCUCCAGAGAAGACUGUCUGAAGAUCCUCUCCAAAUACCAGUGGAACCUGCAGAUGGCCAGCAGCUACCUGAUCCGGUGGUCACGGGAAGAGAGGCCGGUCGUUAGUGCAGAAAGACGAGUCUGAGGGGAUUUUCUAGCUGUUGUUUUUUUUUUACAUGUUGUCAUUCAGUGGUUACUGGAGGCUGCCCAACACAAUCUUGGGAACAGAUGGGAGGUCCAAUAAAUAUAUAAGUAGAAAAGUGAAGUUGUAUGAAUGUAUAAAAGGAAAACACUUCGGACAGGAAUUAAGAAAAAGGACUAUCGACUACUGCUUUUGUAUUUUUAAUGCUGUUCAGCACAUUUUGUGCAUCUUGCAAAGAUUUUUUUGUAUCUUAAUGCAUUUGUAUAUAUUGUAUGAGAAAUGAUUGUGUAUUGAAUAAAGUGAUUA